GAGGCACUCGGUCAACUCCUCUGGUGCUCUUCGACCUAGAAUACAAAAACAAGUACAAAAAAGCAUCUGGGUACUAGAAGAGAAAAGAGAUGCUUUCAGCCACACUACAAAUGCGAAACAAUUAAGCUAUAUCGACAAAUCCCACUGUCUUUGAGAUUUCAGAUCAACAACCUAUUACAGUACUAAUUCGUCGAAAUAUGAGUAUUUUUUCUUAUGAUUAUUGGUCUUUCUGGUGGCAAAGCAAUGAUCAAAAUGAUAACAUUGCUCUAAUUAUGUUCAGUCUCUCCCUUGUUUUGUUCACCGUUUCAUGGUACUCUUGGAUGCUCAAUAAACCGAAACACCUGCUAUUGCCACCAGGGCCACGAGGUCUCCCUGUGGUAGGAAGUCUCCCCUUCCUCAAACCCGAGUUCCACUCAUAUCUUGAGAGCCUGGCUCGGACCUAUGGUCCAAUUCUGACGCUCAGGCUCGGUCAAAAGAUAAGCAUAGUGAUCACCUCACCAGCCUUGGCGCGUGAGGUCCUCAAAGACAACGAUGUCAAUUUUGCAAAUCGUGACGUUCCAGCUGUCACAAAAGCCAUGGAAACUGGUGCUUGUGAUAUUGUGUGGACACCGUAUGGUCCAGAAUGGCGGAUGCUGAGAAAAGUUUGUGUCCGUGAGAUGCUUGGACAUUCGAUCCUUGAUACUGUGUACCACAUCAGACAGCAGGAGAUAAAGAAUACUUGUAAAUAUUUGUAUGAUCAGGCAAAUUGUCCUGUUAACUUGGGUGAACAAAUGUUCUUAACAGUGCUAAAUGUGAUUACAAAUAUGUUGUGGGGUGGAUCGGUCAAGGGCAAAGAGAGGGCUGCAAUUGCGAUGGAGUUCAGGCAAGCGGUGGCUGAGGUAUCUUCCAGCCUUGCAAAGCCAAAUAUAUCUGAUUUUUUCCCAGUUCUGGCCAGGUUUGAUUUGCAAGGGGUCAAGAAGAAGGCAGAAGGUGCAAAUAAGAAACUUGAUCUGAUAUUUGAUGCUGUAAUCGAUCAACGUUUGAAAAUGAAGGAGGGUGGUGGUGCAGAGAGCAAAGACUUUUUGCAGGUUCUGUUGCAACUGAAGGAUGAUCAAGAUGCCAAAGUACCUCUGACCAUGAAUCACCUCAAAGCACUCUUGCUGGACAUGGUUGUUGGCGGGACAGACACAGCCUCUAACACGAUUGAGUUUGCGAUGGCAGAGCUUAUGAACAGUCCUGAGAUCCUGAAGAAAGCCCAGGAAGAGAUUGAUUUAGUAGUGGGAAAUGACAGCACAGUGGAAGAGUCACACCUUCCAAAACUACACUACUUAAAUGACAUUAUGAAAGAAGUUCUGCGUUUGCACCCUGCUCUUCCACUCUUAGUGCCACAUUCUCCAAAUGAAUCCUGCAUAAUUGGAGGCUACACGGUUCCUAAAGGAUCUCGGGUCUUUAUCAACGCAUGGGCAAUACAGAGAGAUCCAUCAAUCUGGGAAAAUCCACUGGAGUUCCGUCCAGAACGAUUUGCAGAUGGUAAAUUAGACUACAGUGGCCAUGACUUCAGUUAUUUCCCUUUUGGCUCUGGCAGAAGAAUUUGUGCAGGAUUGCCGAUGGCUGAGAGAACAGUAAUGUACUUCCUUGCCUCUCUUCUGCAUUCUUUUAACUGGGAAUUACCAGCAGGAGAGAAGCUGGAUGUUUCUGAGAAGUUUGGGAUCGUGUUGAAGAAGAGAGUUCCUUUAGUUGUAGUGCCAACUCCAAGGCUCUCAGUUUCCUCAUACUAGCUUCCUGAUAAGAAGGCUAUUUUCCAAGGUUUGAACUUGUGAACUCACAGAUAGCAAGCAGACAUUUGACGGUCACACCAAACACAACUUUUAAGCUGCAUAAAAAUGUGAUUCUUACUCUUUCGUUUGUAUUUAAGAAUGAGUGAAUUAGUCAAGUUCGUUGCAUAUUAAUGUCACUAUAUGUAACAAAGAAAUUAUAUGAAAAUAUACAACUGAAACCUUGAUGUUGAUCUUUAUAAAAAAUAAUUAGAGGAUUGCUUGUUUCA